AUGCAACAAAUUUGCUGCACAUUAAAUAUCAAUCAAAACUUGAUACUAGUUUACUUUCCUCAGUCAAAUCCUGUGGAACGGAAAAAUAGAGACUUAAAACCUCAUCUUGCAAUCCUUGUAGGAGAUGCGCAUGACAACUGGCAUUCGAAACUCCCAAUUAUUCGCUUCGCUAUGAAUACGGCCGUCUGUGACACUACAGGUCAUACACCAGCAUUCCUAAUGUUUGGAAAAGAGCUGAGGACUGUCGGCGACGUUGUUCACGAUUUCAAAGCUGUGGUUGAAAAUGAUAACUUUGUUCCUGAAAUCACUCCUUAUCUUAAACGAUUCGCAACUAUUACAAAGGACAUACGAGAGAGUAUCGAAAUAAAGCAAGAUCAACGUAAAAAGCAAUAUGAUAAAGGAAGGCGACAAGUGUUUUAUUCACCAGGUGAUAAGGUAUGGGUCAAUUUUCAUCCCGUUAGCAAUGCAAAAAACAAAAAGACUUCAAAGUUCAUACCAAAGCGUGACGGUCCAUACUUGGUAAUGACACAGAAAUCACCUACUUCCUAUGUCCUUUCAAGCCUUCAUAAACAAUCAGAACCCUUAGGAACGUACCAUACGUCUGCACUAACACCUUUCAAAGACUCGUCCACUUCUCCCAUUCUUCCGCUCAGGAAGAGAG